GGCGAGGCGCCCGCCUCCUGCGGGCUCUGGCGGCUGCUGAUAGGCGGCGGCGGGAGCGCCCCCCCCCCCCCAUCUGGGCCGCGGUCGGUGCCUGGCAGCCAGAGGGUCGGCGCCGCCAUCGCCAUGGGCACCCGCGACGACGAGUACGACUACCUCUUCAAAGUUGUGUUGAUUGGAGACUCUGGAGUUGGGAAGAGUAAUCUUCUGUCACGUUUCACACGCAAUGAGUUCAACCUGGAGAGUAAGAGCACCAUUGGGGUGGAAUUUGCCACCAGGAGCAUCCAGGUGGAUGGGAAGACGAUAAAAGCACAGAUCUGGGAUACUGCAGGACAGGAACGAUACCGUGCCAUUACCUCAGCAUAUUACCGUGGUGCUGUUGGGGCUCUUCUUGUCUAUGACAUUGCCAAACAUCUCACCUAUGAGAAUGUGGAGCGCUGGCUAAAGGAGCUUAGAGAUCAUGCAGACAACAAUAUUGUCAUCAUGCUGGUGGGUAACAAGAGUGACCUCCGCCAUCUGCGAGCUGUGCCCACUGAUGAGGCCCGGGCUUUUGCAGAAAAAAAUAACUUAUCUUUUAUUGAAACUUCUGCUCUGGAUUCAACAAAUGUAGAAGAAGCCUUCAAGAACAUCCUUACAGAAAUCUACCGCAUUGUUUCGCAGAAGCAGAUUGCAGAUCGGUCUGCACACGAUGAGUCUCCUGGCAACAACGUAGUCGACAUCAGCGUCCCACCAACCACCGAUGGACAGAAAUCCAACAAACUCCAGUGCUGUCAGAACCUGUGACCUCCUGUAGAUGACUCUUGUGCCCUUCACUUCGUCUGUGCUUCAUUUAGAAACUUGUGUGCACUUCUUAUCUCCUGUGAUUCAGUGACUCCCUCUUCCUUCCUUUACCCCGUCCCCAAGUCCCCCCCUUUCAUCUUAGAGCUUUAAUCGUAGGGCUAACAUUCCCCUGCCUCCGAAAUCCCCUUCAAUGUGGUGACUUUUGGGCUUGAAAUGUAGGCACUGAUCUGAUAGACGUGUUUGUGUUGGAACAUCUGCUGCUGGAUAUUAUCCCAUGAAACACUCUCCUCAUGGUUUUGGUUGUUGGUUUUUUUUUUCUGGGAGAGAAACCAUGGGGACUUGACUAUAACCGUUGAAGAAAUAGCUACGUUUAGGUGACAAGGGUUUUUUUCCUCCCAUAGUCAGAUAUUUUUUCUUUUUUUUUUUUUUUUGGUAAACACAGGGGAGAAAUGAAAAGAAAAUCGCUAUCCUACCAAAUGCUCUUUUUUCUGUCCUGAUAAAGUCUCACAGUGAGGUUUUUAGUGGCUGCACAUACGUAAGAAAGCUGUUGAAAAUAACAUUACUUAUUAUGUAAUUACCCCUAAUACAGCUAGUCUGCCCGUGUAGUUUACUGUUUCCUGCUUGGGAAAUCUUUCUCUAUUCUUGUUUUAUUGGGGAACAAUGAAGUAUGUCUGCAUUGCUUUCUCUGCCACCAUGAACGCCUGCGCUGCUUGUGCAGGCUUUAUGAAGUGGCUUAAUAUUUAUUCAUGGCUUAUGUUAAUCGGUUAACAUUAUUGUACAGUAAGUGCCAGCAUAUUGAUUUCAGAAACCUUUUGCAACCUGUACAAGUAGGCUUAUUUUGUACUGUAGAUCAGUGUCUGAAAGCAGGAUCUUCUCUAGUUCCAGGAUUUUUUUGCAUGCUGCUUUUUCUCUAGAUCUCUCCUAUCCCUGUUUGAGUGAGUGAAGCAAUAUUUUCAUGUCAUGUAUAUACCUGCACUUGUAAGAGUUUUGGUUGUUGUAGAGAAACACGAUACUUUAUACAUUUUGUAAAACUUCCGCAAACCAUAGCAUCUUGAACUUUCUCUUCAUGAUCUUUCACUAUUGACCUUGUGCAUAAUCUCCUUGACCUCUACUCAAAUGCGUAAUAUUAAGACUUCACAUACUAACUACUAACCUGUCGUUUCCCUCUUGUUCUGUUUUACUGAAUUGCAGACUGUAAUUCUCAAAUGAUUGUACUUCACCUGAUGUAACAGAGUUGUCAUCAGCAGGGCUAACUACUAUCCGACUUUGUUUUGCUGAAUGGGAAGAAUGUUAUCACCACUUUGUGUAGCCAGUCUCUUGCUAGCUUGUGAAAUCCUUCUAUGAUGAUGGCUUCUCAUCGUUCACUAGCUCUUACACACUUGCAUCCCCUCCGGUAUGCGCUGAACGUUGCGAUAAGGCAAAUACUGGGUGAAACAAUCUAAAGGAAGAGUUGGAGACCAUCUGCUGCUUUCGGAAGGCUAGUGAAGCAGUUCGCAGUGAAUUUUUGCUCUGUAUUUUGAGACUGUUCCUCACUUGGUGAAUCCUGCCUGCAUAUUAGCGAGUUGGUUUUUCUUUUCCGAUACAAAGCAAAUAGGAAACUGCGAAUUAUUCUUGAAGGGGAAAUCUGACAUUCCAGUCUCAACUGUUCUGUCUGGUUAUGUAAUAAAAUUAAGGGCGGUUAACUCUGAUGGCUUUUCUUUUAUAAGAUUCCGAGAGCAAUGCCUUUAAUUUUGUACUGUGUGCACCUAGAGGGCCAUAGUUCACGGCAAAGGCUGCAGGAGGCACCUAGGACUUCCACUUUUCAACUCUGUGAAGAGGCUACAUUCAAGGUGCAGGGGUGCGUGCUUGCAGCCUAAUCCCAUUGAGUGAGGAUCGGAAUUCCUCUGUAGGUAUCGUGGUGUUUUGUCCUAAGGGUGUCCCAGUUUGGGAAGCUCUUGCAACACUUGGUGUGUACUUUACCGGCAUCCUGUUGAGACAAGGUGCAGCCAGUGGGAACUGGAGACGUCUCCGUUUUGGUGGCCGUAGAGCAGAAUGUGAUGUGCAGUCACUAUUUAGAAGGCUGGCAGAUGAGCACAUCGUCAGAGAGAGUGGAAAAUUCUGCGGUAUUUUCAGUAUUUUGUUCAAGAACAGGUGGACACUAGUGGAGCUGGGCUCCUUAAUUUUUGAACAAAACUUUUUAUAAAAAGAAAUGAGUUGAAUGGCGCGAGGAAGAAUCAUGCUGUUAAGAAGACAGUAGUUCAGGGCAAUGUAUUAACAUGUUUACUCUGCAAAUCCUGCUCUUAACAUGAAGCUUCUAGAAUCAUAUCUGGCCUGGUAUAAGAAGCUGAGAAGCAGUUUAGUCACUUCCUUGUCACUGAAAAGAGAUUUUCUUUGGUCUUUGACUUUGUGGAAGGCUCUAAACUUUGCCUCAGAGUCCCAACAAAAGGUUUGUGUCUAGGGCUUAAGUGCUGUUAAGUUCUAUGGGUGUCGAAGAGACCUUGUACAACUUCGUUGUGUGUUGAGCAAAGCCCCCUCAGAGCAGGUGAACCUCAGACCCCUGCUGUUCAUCCCAGGGGGGUUGGGUUGGUUUGGAGACGUGUCGUGACGUGAAAGGGCUUUUUGCUGCAGGACUGUUUGGUAUAUUCGGGAUGUGCACGCACAUGCGCUCGCACACAGCUUAUCUGAGCACGGUAAGCUACGUGGUGGUUCUGUCUGCUGUGGUCGCUCCAUUCACGAGAUCAGGUGUUGACUCCUUCCCGGUUGCUGCACUGCUCUCCAGCUGUGGGUUUGAGGUGCGCUCCCCUAGACUGAGCACAGGGCCGUUAGUGCCAGCAGAAACGGGACAGUGGAUCCGUUCUGCCUGGUAAAAUCAUCUCCCUGUGCAUAGGGAGGGGAAAACGCUUUUGAUCUCGAGUACCCCGGUGUCCCCCUGAAGUCAUUGUCCGCUCCUCAGAGCUGUAGCUGCCCAACCCACUGUUGGUGGGGGGCUACUGAAAUUGCAGAGGGGAAGAUUUGGAGGAAGCUUGAGCUGUGCCAGAGCUGCCUGAUGUGCAAAGCAGCUCUCCAGACUCCUUAACCACGCUUUUCCUGAUGUGAAAAUAGCGGUUAAAUGUAACCUCACCUGGACUGCGUCAUCGCUUCCUACUGCAACUUCGCUGGCUCUGUCUCUCGGUAUUACUGUCAGGAAAACAGAAAAGGUUCCAACUCUCUUCCAUCUGCCGUAAGAGGUGCGAGGGCAGAAUUUGGCAUAUGUAAAACUCCCGAUGACAGGAAAGCUGCCUGUGAAAGAAGGAACAUGUGCUAUACUUGCUUUACUCGGGUGUUGAGGAUGACUUUUUCAUUUAACUCUUGAAAAAUAACACUAAAAAGCACUGGGUGCUUACCACCCAGGGUCAGUGCUAUAAACCCCAGCUGAAGGCUGAUGUUCAGAACACGUUCUCCAAUGCAGGGUUAGACUGGAGGCUUUUCUGCCAACUCCCCUGUGAGCGACGGGGAGGGUGAAGGCCAAAACUCACACACAGAAAAGCGAUUUGGUGGUGAGCACGCAAACAGGUAACUGGUAAAAUACAUUCGUUGGGUAGGCUGCCUCCCUCUAGCGUCUCUUCUUCCUCUUGAGUCAGGUGCGGACAAGGCUCGGUGGGUGAAGAGCUGGGAUCUCCACGGAAAGUUCGUCUGUAGCCAGCACAGGCUGGGAAAGUUUGGUUCAUAGGAAAGUUUUAAACCUCUGCACUUGUAUAAAUGUAAAAAUUCAGUCGAUGGGUGCCAGCUCGCUCCAUGGUUAAAAAGAUUUUUUUUUUGCAUGUGCUGUGCAGAUCCUGGAAACUUGGUAGAAGGAAAAGGCACUGCCAUCCCUUCUUCCCCCUGUGGCUGCUUCCCGGCACUUCCAGCAGGUAGAAGCAGCAGAAAGACCUGCUGCAUCCCGGAGAUCCCCCGUCUGGGGGCUGUUCUCUUGGGUGGGUUGUCAUGACCCCGCAGCGUGUGGGCAAGGCCGGAAAGGGGGGAUCCUUGUGCGGAAAGGGGCGAGCGCGCUCAGCUGGAUGCACUUGGGAGGGCCGGGGUUGGUCUGUGUCUUUCGUUUGAGCAGAUCACUUACCAAAAGCUGCUCGGAAAAAAAACCCGUACAGUAGGUAUUUUCGCUUCCCGAUGCUCUGGUUCCUGCGUGCUGUGCUGUGGCAGGGGUUGGGGACGUGAUGGGGUGGUGGGCUGUUAACGGUGGAGUUGUCCCUGUGCUUGGUGAUCGUUCCCCUUCCAAGCACGAAGGAAGAACUUGCUGAGAGGUCUGGAGUCUGCAGGAGGAAAAAAAGAUCCUAAUGAAGUGACUCUGUCUCUUAGGGAGGCCUUUUUCCAUCAUAAAUGAAACUAGUAUUAAAGGUAGGAGCCUGAAUUUCAAUCAAGAAAAGAAAAAUCAGGCCCUGAGAGGUGAAGAGUAACUGUCUCUCAAGUGAAAUAGCGUCGAGCCUGAGGUUGGAUUCUCUUGACUUGCAGGCGCUCAGUAGGGUCUUAAUAAAUAACACAGUUUGAAGGGUGAGUAAUGGGAUGUUGCGGGGAAAGGCCUGUCUGCAGGGCUGUGCUCUUUCAGUAAAUAACAGUUAAUUCUUAUUUUAAACUGGUCAGAUAAUGCACGGAGUGUUGUCUGUCAGGCUUCGCAGGCUACAACUAGCCCCGGACCUUUAUGCAGCCCAGAAGAGAGGUUCCUUCCGUUUACUUUUAUUCCCGGUUCCUGUGUUAAGUGCAAUUCACUCUGUAAAUACCCCCCGCACGGGGUUCCUGUGCAUGGUUACGCUGUACUGUGGAUAUAAAGAUUGCCAAACCACA